GUGAGGCCCGGACGAGUCGCCAGCCCCAGCUGCGAUGCUCUAGGCCGCAGUGAGUCUGACCACCCGCUGUCUAUGGACCCGCUCUGACUCCUAGAGCCUGCUUAUGGGGGAAGGUGACACCAUCUGGGCUCCAUCUGUCCCUCACGGCGCCCUCGGCACCUUAAGCCACUACCCUCAGCCGCAUUUUGGGAGAAAGAUGGAGUCGAAGGUCUCAGAAGGCGGCCUGAACGUGACCCUGACAAUCCGCCUGCUGAUGCACGGGAAGGAAGUUGGAAGCAUCAUCGGGAAGAAAGGAGAGACCGUGAAAAAGAUGCGUGAAGAGAGCGGCGCGAGGAUCAACAUCUCCGAGGGAAACUGCCCUGAAAGAAUUGUGACCAUCACAGGCCCCACCGACGCCAUCUUCAAGGCCUUUGCCAUGAUCGCCUACAAGUUCGAGGAGGACAUCAUUAACUCUAUGAGCAACAGCCCUGCCACCAGCAAGCCCCCGGUGACGCUGAGGCUCGUGGUCCCCGCCAGCCAAUGCGGGUCCCUGAUCGGCAAAGGCGGCUCCAAGAUCAAGGAGAUCAGGGAGUCCACAGGUGCCCAGGUCCAGGUGGCCGGGGACAUGCUGCCCAACUCCACGGAGCGGGCAGUGACCAUCUCGGGGACCCCCGACGCCAUCAUCCAGUGUGUCAAGCAGAUCUGUGUGGUCAUGCUGGAGUCCCCACCGAAAGGUGCCACCAUUCCCUACCGCCCAAAGCCCGCCUCCACCCCUGUCAUUUUUGCAGGUGGUCAGGUAAGAGCCGACCCGCUCGCGGCCUCCACUGCCAACCUCAGCCUUUUACUGCAGCCCCCGCCGCUGCCCGCCUACACGAUCCAGGGACAGUACGCCAUCCCCCACCCAGAUGUGAGUCUCCACUCCGCCCCCCCGGCCUUCUCUUCUCAUUGCCGUCACCCACCUGCAUGCUGCCGUCACUCGCUACUAAUAUUAAUAUUACGCAAUAAUAUUAAUGCCGUUCUCUCAAUGUUCCUGACCUCUGUCGGCCUCGGCGGCGGCCGCGGGGCCGCUCUGCCCUGGCACCUGCCCCAGCAGGGGCCCUACACCCACAUGAGAGCCGACCAUGACGGAGGGGACACAGACGUUAGAGGCUGGGAGAAGGGGCACCGCGUGCCCGGGCAGGAGCGCGGGCAGCGAGCGUGGGAACUCCCAGUUAACCGCCUGGCGAAGGAAGCCGAGCCCAGGUUCCGACUCCCCCUUGAGGCGGGCUCGCAGCCCUGCCAGGUGCCCCCGGUGGCACGUGCUGGCUUCGCACAGGCCCCCGCAGCCCGGUCCCAUCGGCUGCAGGCAGUGGGACCAGUGUGUGCGGCCCCAGACGGGGUCACCCUGUCCCCAGCCCGCACCCCCAGCACGCCCGACCCCGGGGCCCAGCAGGGACCCUCUUGCGAGGUGCUGACACUCCAUGGGCUUCGCUGCGCGGCCGAGCUGUGGGAGCCGGGCGACAUCGCCCUUUGUCACCACACAUCCCGCUCCUCUGGCUGCCACGGUGGCACACGUGUGCGCACGCUCUCCCUGUGGGUCCCACGGAGCCUCGGUGCGUUUCCCGAAAGCACCCGUCAUGGGAAGUUGCUCACGGCGGGCCCCCACGCGCUGUGCCGCCCAGAGGGUAUAUGGCAACACAGACGGUGGCCCACCGCGUGCGGGGCCUGCGGUGACCCUCAGAGCCCCGGGCUGACCCGCCUGCCGGACACAGAAGCUGUGAACUGCGCGUGCAGGCCUGGCGCCGGCCACACGGGCUCUGUCCCCUGGCGGCACUGGCCCCUCACUGAGGCGCUCGCAGUCCCCAUGGCAGACGCGAUCGGGCCUCCUCACCCCUCCUCCCGCCAGCCUGCGUCCUCCAGGGGAGACGGAUUCUGCUCCCCGGGCUCCCGACCCCACGUGACAGUGCUCGAGCAGCCUGGCUCCCAGCAGCCCCGAGUCUUCACCCACGUGCUAAUAGGCUGCAUAAUUGGACGCCAAGGGACCAAGAUCAAUGAAAUUCGACAGAUGUCCGGAGCUCAGAUCAAAAUCGCCAAUGCCACAGAGGGGUCGUCGGAGCGCCAGAUCACCAUCACGGGGACCCCGGCCAACAUCAGCCUCGCCCAGUACCUCAUCAACGCCAGGCUGACGUCUGAGGUCACUGGGAUGGGCGCACUCUAACCGUGCCCAGCGGCCUCCGCUCCGCGAACCUGACCCCCACCCGGCUCGCACACUCUGUACAGACCGCCCACCUGCCCUGCGUCGCAAAUAUAAAUAGAGGUUUUCUUUACUACCAGAUGUUAUAUGCCGUAGACUUACACACACCAACAAAGCAGAUCUAUAUUCUGUGUGUGUCGGCUCCAGGCUCUGUCCCCGACCCCUCUCUGGGAAUUAAUUUAUGCCCGUCUGUUCAUGCAUUGGCAUGCGGUGUUCAUUAUUUUAAAUGCUCUGGGGGCAUUCUCAUCUGUGACAUUUUAGAAAUACCAUCCCUUAGUGUCCAUGUACCUGUUUGAGAAUUGCUUUGACAUCUGACAGCACUUCCCACAAGCCGUCUCUCCCAGAACUGUGGCUGCUCUGAGCGGGUUCGCACCCGCCCGGCGGCCCCCACCCCCGUGCUGACUCUGCUCCCCAGAGCCUGUGCGGGGGGCGGGGAGCAGCUUGGAGGAUGGGGUCCUGACCCACGGCGCGGGUGAGGCAGGGGUGCUGGAGUCCUGACCUCACUGAGUCGUCACGUCAAGUGCUGGGGACGCACACGUGGGCCCCGAGGCGACUUCCGGGGUGGCUGGCCAGGAAGCGCCUCUGCACCACGGCGGAGUUCAAUAAAUGUUGUGCGCUGCCCCCCA